AUGGGAAGAGCAGGAUUGCUCGUGGCCAUGAGGUCCACGAUUCCGGUUUCAACAGUUGGUAGGCAAAGUGUUGGCGUGACGGACCAAGCUAAGGACGCCCAUCGAACGUGCGCCCGCGUCGAGGGCGCGUGGUCCAAAGCUCGCCGCAAUUCGCAAAAGCCCCAGGUACGACUCGAGUUCAGCACCAAUGUGGCAGACGGCUUGCACGCGAUCCUCGAUGACCAUUCACUUGACCGCCGCCGUCCAGCCGUGGAAAUCAGCCCGGGCCAAUGUAA